CAUUAUCCGGUGGGCCGGGCCUGAGUAAUCUUACCUUCGUCCAUAACAGCCAAGUCGUCGGUAUGGCUACCCAAGAUCCAGUCCAGCCAGGAAAUGCUGCAGCACCAGUUCUGCUUGAUUUUCUCAGUUCUGUUCCAUAUCAGCUCACUGCUGCCCUUGUUCGUCUCGGUCCUCAUAUAUCAGCCUUGAGGCAGCUCGCGGAGGUCACCAGCUGGUCGUCAUCCUGGUACGACAGCUGGCUCGCUAUCGCUGCUUGGUGGGCGCUCUGUUUGCUGCUGGAGCUCACUGUGCAAUAUCUUCUUCCUGUGACGUUUCUGUUUGUGUAUUUUGUAUCUAAAUGGACAACACCACGACGGGUAUCUGGUCCGCCAGUUACCGAACAAAAUCUUCAGGCAACGAUCACAGAUCUAGUCGUUCUGCAGUCUCUCUUGCCAUCUAUUCCAUGCGAACUCAACGAGAGUUCUCUUUCUGUACUGGUCCGCGUAUGCGCUAUCUUGUACAUCCCAUAUCUUGUCAUUACCCAUUGUGUUUCCCUGCGUGUCCUCUUCGGUAUCGCAGGCACUAUGGUGCUCUCCUGGCGUGCUCCAUGGAUCCAAGCUCUACGCACAAUACUCUGGAAAAGUGCAUGGUUCCGGUGGGGUGUCUACCGAGCAUGGUCCAGGCUUUCUGGUCGACCACUCCCCGUUCCCACAGUCAGCACCAGAGACCUCACGGUUGAACAUGAGCGCAAUUCGGCCCGAUUUCUAUUCAUGGUUUACGAGAAUCAGCGGUGGUGGAUGGGGCUUGAUUGGACUGCUGCGCUGCUCCCGAGCGAACGCCCUUCGUGGUGUUCUGCAUCUUUGCAGCCUGUUCCUCCACCAAGUGCAAUGACACUCCCUGGUGACAGUGUGGUGUAUGUGGGCGACGGGAAGGGCGGCCGGGAGAAGCGGACCGCCAAGUGGGCAUGGGAAGAGGCGGAAUGGAGGGUAUGUGUCCGGCGGGAGGGUUCAGCUGUGGUUAGAGUUGAGAAACCACUACCCACCCCCAAGGGGGAUGGCCCUGGGGAGAGCCAGUUGGCUAAAGUAGAUAGUAAGAUGAGAGAAUCGCAAGACGCUGGCGGAUCUGGAGAGGAAGCUCAGGAGGAUGACGAACAUGACAAUACCGAUGAAGAUCCAGAGACUGACGCAGAUGGCUGGGUAUAUGGCGAUAACAAGUGGGAGAAUCGGUCGGCAAAGGGGGGAAUUGGAAAGUAUACACGAUACAGACGUUGGACACGCAUAGCUAUCGUUAACGAGACCGUCGAAGUCGUUGGGGCCGGUGACGUUGGUAUAGAACAACGGCAAACUCGGCAAAGCGGCGCAAGUCAUUCCAGAGAAAGCAGCGUGGGCAACGACAGAAGUAGCCCUCUACGGCAGCGAUUGAAAAAUGCUCUGAACAGGCAGUCUACAUCUCCAUCUUCGUCUUGAGCAUAGUAGUCUUAUUAGUAAUACCUAGGUGUACGGUACAUUUAGUGUUGGGCAAAGAAGACUAAUUUCUUAUUCCCUUGAAUAAUUUCUUGUGGAUCAGAUGGCGAUGUCAACUUAUGCAUUCCAAUUGUAAUCGUCGGGGUCUCCCCUGCCAUAGCUAUUGUCUAGAAGUUUAUUGUUGGUCCGUUCCAUAGAAUGCAGACGCAAAGGAGGUUUGGGAGGUUUGACCACACAAUCCACUUACCGUUUUCUAGAGUACAAAGGUGCAUUUAUUCUUUACUAGUAGUCCAAGGUGCUUAGGUCGGG